AUGUCCACCGACGCGAAAUUCGACGAUCUCCACAAACAGCUCUUCGACGAAGGCCUCAAGGUCCGCCGCGCCGUCGUUGGAGAAGCCUACGUCGACAAAGCGCUCGCAAACGGAUCGACCGAAUUCUCGCGGCCGGGUCAAGAAAUGGUCACCGAAUGGGCCUGGGGCAAUAUCUGGACUCGACCGGGCCUGGAACGGCGCGAUCGCAGCCUGCUGAAUAUUGGAAUGCUCAUGGCGCUGAACCGGGGCCCCGAAUUGGCCAUUCACCUUCGCGGUGCACGGAACAAUGGGCUCAGUGAGCUGGAGAUCCGCGAGGCCAUCCUGCAUGCGACGGUCUAUUGUGGUGCACCGGCUGGUGUCGAUGCGUUCAAGGUUGCUGAGCGGGUGUUUGAUGAGAUGGCAGCGAAUGGUGAGAUGCCUCGUGAGCUGGGGGAGAAAGCGCAGGUUUGA